AUGGACGGCGGAAAGAUGGAGCGCUUCUCCUGCAGUGUGAUUCUGAUCAUGGCCAUUUCCAAAGCGUUUGAACUGGAAUUAGUUGCUGGGUUGGGCCACCGUGAACUUGCGAGGAGGGAGCCGCCCUUAAGAGAUGCCAGCGUUCGGUCCCGGGAGGAGCCUGCGGUUCGUCACCGGUCUUCCCCGUUUGUGCCGACCUUAGGCAUCCAGGAUAGUAAGGAGUUAAACAGAACUUGCUGUCUGAAUGGGGGCACCUGCAUGCUGGGGUCCUUCUGUGCCUGCCCACCGUCCUUCUAUGGCCGCAACUGUGAGCAUGAUUCCCGGAAAGAGAACUGUGAGUCGGUGCCCCAUGACACCUGGCUGCCCAGGAGAUGCUCCAUGUGUAAAUGCUGGCGUGGCCGGCUUCACUGCUUCCGGCAGACAUUCCUACCGGGCUGUGAUGGCCGUGUGAUGGAGGAGCACGUCCUGGUCUCCAGGACUCCAGAAUUAACACUGUCUUUGGGCACCACUGUCUCACUGGCUGGCAUCUGCCUCACUCUACAAAGUUACUGUUAAUCGACACUUGCAUAUGCAGUAUUUUGUCAUGCGAGUUUCAUAACC